AUGAAGAGCCCAGCUCCAAGCCCUCGAUCUCGAGUUUUGGGCCACUCCUCCAUGUUCAGCUUUUUUCGUAGCCUGGUGGGGAGCAAGGGCAGCCCUAAGAGCUCUGACAAGGCCCUGUUGGGAGAUGAGGAGUGCCUCUCGAAAGAGCAGGAUGCUGUGUCCUUGAUGACUGACCGCCAAGGGGGAGUGGGGGGGAAGGAACCCAGGCUGCCCACCAAGGUGCACCAUACCCUCUCUGUGGCUCUGCCACAGCACGAUCCCUCUGGGCGGGGGCCGGGGGACAUGGGGGCCCAGACCACUCUCCCCAUGGAGGUCCUGAGUGUCAUGGCCCCUGGCGUAGAAGUAAAUUGGGUGCUGCCCAGAAGAAGCCAGGAGGGUCUGGGCAACCUGUUGGAGAAGGGGGAGAGGGUCGAGAAGGAGACAGCAGAGGAGGCCUUCGGGGAUACAGGGACCUUAGCCAGGGGCCACUUUGCCCAAGCCCUGGAGGUGAAGCAGAGCCCUGAGGCCUUCGAGAGGGAGGAGGAGGAGGAGGAGUGUCUACUGGAUGGAGACCUCAAGCUGGCCUCUUUGAAGGUGAGGGAAACUCCCUGGAACCACCUCCUCACCUUGUACAAGCAGCUUCAGAAACUGACCAUGGCCAAGGUCUGUGGGGCCACGCUGGGGGAGUGGCGGGGGAGGCCAGGGCGGGCGCCCCACGGCUGGCUGGGCCCCAGGAUAUGUGGCUUGGCCCAGGCGGAGCAGUCCUCUUUCUUAACCUCUUGGGAGCUUUACCUCCUGCUUUCUGUUUUAUGUGGGGGUGGAGCUGAAGGCUUGGGGCCUUCUCACCUGCUCAGCGGCCUGGCCCGCCUUCAGUUUCCUCUCAAGGAAGGCUUACCCCACAAGGAAGAAGGCGCGGAAGAGGAAACGGAAGAAGAGGACAGCUCAUUCAAGCUCUGUGUCCCAGGCGUUGUCACCUUCCAGUCGCCGCUGCAAAAGACAUUCAGGCCAACGGAUGCCGCGGGUUUUGUGGACUCAGAGUUAAAGAAGUUGCUGGUAGCCCAGCAGGAGUCCCGCCUCCGGAAGACGUGCAGCCAUGAGGGCCGGGAGCCACUGGUCCAGCCAGAGAUCACCCUGGAGGCGGCAGGCACUGAGGGUGACCUGUUACCAGGCCUGGCUUGCGGCCUCACAGGGAAGAUCCGGGAAUUCUCCAGCAGGAAGUUCCUGCCCCGCUAG